GAAUCGAUAUGGAUUAGCCAGAAUUUAAUUUUUAAAUAUUGAAUUUAGCCGCCACUUUAUCAAGGUUUGCGCAGCCGCCUGCGCAAAGUCUCUUUUUCAACGAAGUUUGUGUUGCUGUUGACGUAACAAACAUGAAGUUCAACAAAUUAGUGACUGCUUCGCGAAGCAAAAACAGGAAGCGACAUUUCACGGCGCCUUCUCACGUCAGGAGGCGAUUGAUGUCGGCCCCCUUGUCCAAAGAACUGAGACAAAAGUACAACGUGCGUACGAUGCCCAUACGCAAAGAUGACGAAGUUCAAGUAGUGAGAGGGCACUACAAGGGCCAACAAGUCGGUAAAGUUGUCCAAGUGUACCGAAAAAAAUUCGUUAUUUACAUCGAACGAAUUCAAAGGGAGAAGGCUAACGGGGCCACGGUUUACGUCGGUAUUCAUCCCUCCAAGGCCGUAAUUGUCAAGCUCAAGAUGGACAAGGACAGGAAAAAGAUCAUUGACCGUAGGGCCAAGGGCAGGUUGGCCGCUUUGGGCAAAGACAAGGGAAAAUACACUGAAGAAUCAGCGUCUGCGACGGCUGUUGAAACUUCUUAAAAUUUGUGUAUUCAAUAAUAUAAUAAAAAAAGUUUGUAUUAA